UCAUAUACCGGAUCUCAGUAUCUUAAGUAGCCAGGUUCUGGCAGUGAUUUUCUUUUCAGAUAUUCUGAGUUGUACAAUACCCCUGACAGGGGAAUUUCUUUUGUUUUGGGUAUCCUGUGGAGAUUAGAAGGUGCCCCCAGGAACUCUUAUGGUAGAAAAACAGUGCAUUGAAUACUAUUCUCACAAGGACCCUAAAAAGACGAAUGAGCCAGCUGUACAGGUUGAAUUGUACUAUGAGAGUCUUUGUGGAGCUUGCCGCAGAUUUCUUGUUUUUCAACUCUUGCCAACUUGGCUGAUGUUAAAUAACAUUAUGAAUGUUACCCUGGUGCCUUAUGGAAAUGCACAGGAGAAAGAAGUUUCAGGAAAGUGGGAGUUUACAUGUCAGCAUGGACCAGAUGAAUGCUAUGUAAACACAAUAGAGGCCUGCAUUAUCGAUCAGCUGAAGGACAUAGAGAGCCAUUUUCCUGUUAUUGCUUGUAUUGAACAGUCUGCUAAUUUGACAAGUGUUCUGGGGCCAUGCCUUGCAGCAUUCGCACCACAAUUGUCAGUCAAAACUGUAAUGGACUGUGUAAAUGGUGACCUGGGAAACAAACUUAUGCACCAGAAUGCCAUGCGAACUGAUGCGCUAAAUCCUCCCCAUGAAUAUGUGCCAUGGGUGGUUAUCAAUGGGAAACACACUGAUACUCUUCAGGAUAGAGCCAUGGGUGCAUUGUUCAACCUCAUCUGUGAAACAUACACUGGGCCGAAACCAGAUGCUUGUUCGGGGAAAGAAGUGACGCCAUUAAAGCGGGAUUCUGUAUGUUUAAACUGAGCCAUUAAAUGGAAAAGAAUUAAGACAAGAAACUGCACAAAAUCAAAUGUUAAAAAUUGAAAGUAUAUGGCUAAUAAAGAUUUUUAUAACCCUAA